AUGUUACGAUUAAAAUAUUCACUUACGAUAACGAUACAAGUCAUAUUAAUUAUUGUUAUUUUAACAACGAUAACACCUAUCACCGAAUCCGCCAAUGUUACUUCUUUUUGUAAAUGUGUAUGUGCCGAAAAUUCAACUAUUCAAGCUUUAGAACCUGAAAAAUUUUGUUUAGAUUGUAAUAAAGCUUUUUGUAUAGGUAUAAUGGGUAAUAAUUGUACAGGAGCUAAUAGUAGUUUAGAAGAUUCGGGAAAUGGGAAUAGUAAAUGGAAAGAAGGUUGUGAGAUUGAAUUGACGGCUACAUGUAGGGAUUCAUAUAAAGAUGAAGUGAUAGUAUAUUUUUAUAUUUUCUUAACAAGUGGAUUACUCAUUGCUGCAAUUGCAAAACCAUUCUUGGAAAAAUGGUGGAAGAAAACGAAUAAUCAACACUUUUACACUUCAAUGCCAAAUAGUUAA